AUGUCUGACAAGCCAAAGUCCGCUCGGCGGCUGGAGGCCGAGAGACUUAUCAUGGAAAAGGCGAAAGAGAUGCGCGAAGGAAAACAAGAAGAGUACUUUCCCAAGUACAAGGAGUUGCUCAACCAGGUCAAGGAUCAUUUGGGGCCGAAUGCUUAUAAAACGCUUUUUAACAUGUCCGAGGAGGAAAUCAAAGCCAGGGUCGUAGUUCAGAAUUUGUAUGGAAAACCUCGGCCUCCAGUAGAAGAACGACUUGGAAGCUACCCAGGGAUCAAGAAAUGCUCUCGAUGCGGAUCCACAGAUCAUGAAAAUUGCGUCACAAGGACAACGAGGAACAGUGAUGGGAUUCCUAUUGAAACUACAGUGAUCGAGGCGCCGAAACAAAUUUGCAACAUGCACCCACCCAGAAACAACAACACAAAGGGGAUGAAAAAGACGAAGAAGCCAAAAGUCGCGAAGCCCCCGAAGAAAACAGUGACUCUUCCGAAGACGAUUAUAAAAAAAAUCAAUGAAGAUUGUGCGAGAUUCCCAGAUCUUUCCAAGCGACAGAAUCUGAGCGAAAAGGAACUGGCGGAUCACAAGAAGAGAUUAGACAACGGAAUGUCGGAAAUCCAGAAAGCUCGGGAGAAGAUCGAGUUUUACAAGAGCAAGUGUUUCAAAGACGGGCAUGUGCCAGAGGAAGUCGUCGACGAGGCGAACAAAGCGAUCGAGCAAAUGACCACGGCGAUGGAAGCAAAAAUCGCCAGCUAUGCUAAGGAGGAAGUACGAGAUAAGUGGGUAAACAAAGGAAAGAAGGCUACUUCGGCUCAGAAUGCAAUGGAAAAAGAAGCCGCUGCGGAAAAGAUACGAAACGCUCGGCAACGACUGGAUAACCUGAAGAAAGUGAAUGUUCAAAUGAACAGCGGGGACUUGGAAAAGAUGCCCUGCCCGAUCCACAACAAAGAACCAGACUGGUACAAGAUUCCGUCGCCCAAAGAAGGCUGGGAGUACCCAGUGUACUUCCCUACUUGCACGGAUACUCAGACUGACUACCACCAUCGGACUUUCGCCAUCAAAGUCCGACUCAAGAUCCGCCACCGUUAUCACAUCUUCACUUUUCUCUACAUGGCUGAUUUCAAAGAGAAGAAAAUGAAAAUAAAAGUGCUAUUGGCGCGAUUCGGGAGGGAGGGAACCGAUGAAAUGCGGAAAUUUGCUUGCGUUUCGAUCCCUGGAUUUGAGGACUACGCUCAAACUCCCCAGCCAAGAAAAAAAGUGAACAAGGGAGUCAAAAAAGGUCUUCACUCGCACGUGGAUGUCCUGAUGAAGCCAUACACAUUUGGCAAGGAAGACCCACUGAUGCUCGACCCUUCCUUAUCCGACUCGGAUUACACAGACAUCAGUGAUGAGGAAGAAGAGAUGGAAGAUCAACUAAAACGAUUAAAUGAUCGAGACAAUGCGUCGAAGCAAGAAAAGAAAAACGGAAAGAACUAA